AUGUACACCCCCGGCGGGCCGGCGCUGCCCGGCGGGCGGCGGCGGCGCGGCGCGGCGGGCGGCGGCGGCCUGCCCAAGCAGCCCGAGCGCAGCCUCGCCUCGGCGCUGCCCGGCGCCCUCUCCAUCACGGCGCUGUGCACGGCGCUGGCCGAGCCCGCCUGGCUCCGCAUCCACGGCGGCACCUGCGCCCGCCAGGAGCUCGGCGUCGCCGACGUCCUGGGCUACGUGGACCCCGAGCUGCUCCGAGAUUACUGCAUGAACCCACAGACCGUUUUGCUGCUCCGGGUCAUCGCUGCCUUCUGUUUCCUGGGGAUCAUCUGCAGCCUCUCAGCUUUCCUGCUGGAUGUUUUUGGGCCCAAACACCCUGCGUUGAAGAUCACUCGCCGUUACGCUUUUGCUCACAUCCUCACAGUCCUGCAGUGCGCCACUGUCAUCGGCUUCUGCUACUGGGCCUCCGAGCUGAUCCUCGCACAGCAGCAGCAGCACAAGAAGUACCACGGCUCCCAAGUCUACGUCACCUUCGCGGUGAGCUUUUACCUGGUGGCGGGAGCCGGCGGAGCCUCCAUCCUUGCCACCGCUGCCAACCUUCUGCGCCACUAUCCGACCGAGGAAGAGGAGCAGGCCUUAGAGCUCCUGUCCGAGAUGGAGGAGAAUGAACCUUACCCAGCCGAGUAUGAAGUGAUCAACCAAUUCCAGCCGCCGCCGGCUUACACCCCCUGACGCUGCCCGGGGCCGUGGGGCACGGUAACAGCUUUUUCCCAGCCCUAAACUGUCCUCGGCCGGGGAUGCGCUCCCCAGCCCGCAGGGACCCCUUCACCAGUGCUUCAUUUUCUAGGCACCUUGUUCACUCCUCUGAUCUCUUCCACGCAAAGGAAAGAACUUGUUUUAAAAGUUGGAUAACCAGCGAUUUCUUCACCCAACGCUCUCCAAAACCACUCCUCGUUCUAUUAACUUCAUAGUGUGAUUUUAACCUUCCCCCCCGCCCCGCCCCGGCCCUCUCCGUGUUGCGCCCGUUUGGGUUGCUGAAAUAACAAGGGACCCAGAGCGGUGUCGGCAGCUCCCACCUUUCCACCUCACCCCGGAUGCUCGUUCCGGGCUGCGUGCUCGCGAGGGUGAAAUCGCAGCCCGGUUUGCAAGGGCCGCGUCGCCCCUGGGCGGGUGGGUGAAGCGAAGGGUGGCGCAGUCGCAGCGUGAGAGCUGAGAUCUCGUCCGCUUUCCUCCGUGCGGCUCGGAGGAGGGGAAAAUCGCGCCGGUGCGUCUGACUGAUGGGAAUUCUGCCAGUCUUGCACUGUUACCCGCGGGAACUCGGUCCCGCCUCUGCGGAGGUGUAGGCACAGACGCCCAGGCGCGCGCGUGGAUGUAUUUAUAUGUGAACCGCCUGGCGUGGCGCGCUGCCGGGAGGGAAAAUGCCCCUUCCUAGCAGCCCGUACGACAGGCGACGGGCCCAGCAGCCCUGUCGCCACCGCUCUUAACUGCUCUCAUUUUCUGACUCGCACUAAUCGCACGAGCAUUUUGCACUUUAUCCGUGAGGCUCGCUGCCCUUUUCCCCAGGCUUCGUGGGGGGCCAGCUGCUGUAGCCUGGCACCGCCGCAACCCCGCGGCGAGGUUUGCGAGGAGGAGGCGCAACGCGGGCCGACUUCGAGGAAGCCGUGCCGGCUCCGGCAGCGAUUCGGGGGGAGCGAGCUGUACCCUCUGCAAUAUCUAGCUCCCAUCAGCAUCUCGCAAGUAAAUCUGUUUUCAGCCGAGAUUAAAACCAGACUUUUGCAUAGUGGCAACUACUGAGAAGCAGGUGGAGGCUCUGCUAGAAAACAGGCAUCUCUGACUACAGCUUUUAUGCAAGUUCCCAUCCUCCGUGCAAAGCUGACUUGUUUUAUGCUUUUUACCCUCUUUUAACCUAGCUGUUUUUCUCUCCUGCUCUUUACUCCCCUUCUUGUGACAACGACUGUGUUCCUCUGCGAGCCCCGAGAGACACUCUAGGGAUUCAGCGGGCUUGGCCUCAAGAGCAAAUUCUCCCCCAAACAGCGCUGGACGGCCAAGGAAAACCAGCCCUGCGCUUCCACGGCAACCUGCGCAGCCAGGAAGAUAGUUGGUGGCAAAAGAGCAAAACUUGUGCUGGUUUAAAGAUCUUGUUUUCAGGCUGUCCAAAGCAAAUUGAGCAGCGAAAACUGGGCAGCGAGGCAGCAGCCCGAGCGCUGUACCGCCAACUCGGGAAGCGAAGGGGAUGGCUAAGCAUCAGCUUGGCCUGGAAGGCGCAGAGGCUUAGACGAGUAAUUUUAGGGCAGGAAUACUGUUUGUUGUAGGUCUCGCGCAGUUCCCAGUGAUCCCUCCCUUCCCGAUGCUUUUAUAUUUCUCGUAGGCAGCCGUUUUGGCCAGCUUGUUCCCUCUCCUCCUCCAUUUGCAGCAGCGCUGGCUAUGCAAGAGAUCAAGCCGCUCUCCAGGCCUCAGGCCGUGGAAGGAAAACCGGGAAAUCUCAUUUUAGGGAGAGCGCUGCUCAUGUCCCCCAUGCUGCGGACUUGAAGCGGCAAACGCGGUGAUUUGAAGCCUUCAAGGCUUCGAGGUGCCACAGCGCUGAGAGAGAAGCCGGCAGCGUAACACCGAGAGGGUUUGGCGUAGCAGGUAACCCCGGCACUGCUCUUCCACCACGCCGCUCCCGGGCAAAGCAAAGCCGUCGAAACGUCCCGUGGUCCGGCCGCUGCCGGCCCUUGUGCUUUGAUCGUUCGGCAGCUUUUUCUCCGCCGUCGCGCUAGGGCAGCUUUCCAGCCUGGAUUCCCCAGCGGUUUCCCCGGCGGUGACCAUAUGCAAGAGGGGGCUUGACUGUAAAUAGUCUGUGCAUAAACAUAUUGUAUUUCUGUAAAAAAAAGAAAAGAAAAAAAAAAGAUUUCCUUUGCCUACUAA